AUGUCAAAAGUUCUUUUUUUACAAUCUCCACCGCCAAAAUUUGAAGAGAUACAGAAAGCAAUAUUUAGUAAUGGAGCUGUAGAGUUUUUAAGCAAGCUACAUGAAAAAUUCGAUGAGAGCAUCGAACAAUUAUACAAAGAGCGGCUGCAACGUACAGCGACAACGAAAGUAAUUUCGACUUUGGACUUUAAGAAUUCAUUUGAAAGAAAUGAUAAGACCUGGAAGAUAGCUCCUUUGCCUCCAAGACUGCAAAACCGCCACCUAGACUUGGGAGAUGUGUCAGCAUCAAACACAGCUCAUUUUGUGUCCUCCCUUACUGAAGAUGUUCAAGGCAUCCAAGUGGAUUUUGAUGAUGGACAUUGUCCAACCUGGAGAAACCAGCUUCAAGCAUAUCAAAACAUUUGGUUAGUCGUCAAUGGUCGCCUCCAAGGUGCUCCUGUUACGAUAACUACAUGUCCAGUAUUAAUGUUGAGACCAAGAGCUUGGAAUAUUAUUGAACAUAAUAUUUUGAUAAAUGGCAAAGAAGCUAUUGGUCCAUUGGUGGAUUUUGCGAUAUUGAUGUAUCAUAAUGCAAAGAAACUUCACGAGGCCAACAGUGGUCCUUACUUCUACUUAUCCAAAUUGGAAGGUGCAUCUGAGGCGCGGCUCUGGAACGAUAUCUUCACCUGGGCUCAAGAAGAACUUGGUUUGCCCCAGGGAACAAUAAAGGCUUGUGUUCUUAUUGAGAAUGUAAUAUCCAGUUUUGAACUUGACGAAAUUUUAUACGCGCUAAGAGAACAUUCUUUGGGCCUGAAUUGUGGAAUUUGGGAUUACUGUGCCUCGAUCAUAUCUAAGUUUGGUGAUCGAGAAAAUUUCUUGCUGCCUGAUAGGAAUAAAUACGUGAAUACGGAACGCCAUUUCUUAAACAGUUAUUUGAGGCUGGUGGUGAGUACGUGCCAUGCGAGGGAUGCUCCGGCCACUGGAGGUAUGGCAGCAGCAAUGCUCAAACCUGGCACCGAUGGUACUGACAAACAUUCCAAAACUAUUAUAACAAAUAUUCUGCAAAGUAAGAUGAAGGAGAUAGAGCUGGGCGUGGAUGGAUUCAUGGUUUACGACGCUAGAGUAGUGCCGCAUGUAAACGAGCUUUGGAAGAAAAGUGGUGCAACACCAAAUCAAAUAUGGAGAAAGUUCGAGGUGAACAUAAAGCCGCAAGACCUGCUGUGUAUACCACGCGACGGCGUCACCCUCCAGGGGUUGAAGCACAACGUGGCCAUAUCUAUACUGUUCAUCUACUACUGGCUGGCUGGCAUCGGACACUUCUUCUACAGCGGUAACGUUGAGGAUUCCGCUACCGCUGAAAUAUCCAGGUUCCAAAUCUGGCAGUGGAUUCGAUUUGCGCCACCUCUUGAAGAUGAUCCUAAACAGAAUGUCACAGCAAGUCUCGUCGAAAAAACUGCGUCUAGUUUCGCUGCUCAUGCGCAUAAGAACUUGUGUCGGUCAAAUGCAGAACGCAAACGUUUGACUGCCGCGAGAUACAUGUGUAUGGAACUGUUCCUGUCCAGGAACCCUCCGGAGUUCAUCACCAGCUACCUUAACGACAACCACAAGUUCAGAACACUUCAUAAUAAAGCACUACUGAGUAACUUAUAG